AAUAUGUUGUAACACAAUAAUCAAUUUCUGUCGUAAAAAGCAUUGAAUCUCGUCUGCUUCAGCGUGUGACUCGGUCAAAAGUGUUCUCGUGACUGUGCCAUCGUUCAUUCUAAUCGUGGUUUCCGUGGCGAACAAGUGAAUCAGUUUUCUCGAACGACGAAAAAAAACAUGACAAAUUUCCGUGGUGUCCUAUUUCUCACAAUUGUGAGUCUCUCGCUAGUCUGGGGGCUCGAAUUGACUGGCGACGCCGACGAAAAUGGCUACAAAGUGUACAACAUCAAGGGGCAACUUCACAUGAAAUGCACCGCUGACGAAGUAGUUGACAUCGUUUGGUUCAAAAAUGACUCGGAGAUCAAGUCGGAUGACCACUACGAGAUUUCGCAAACGAAAGACAAGAAACACUCAAAGACCACAAGUGACUUGCACAUCAAGAAGGCAUUGAACGACGAUACGGGCGAUUAUUCGUGUCGCGUCGUCAAAGAAAAUAAAAUGGCAAAAUUCAUGGCAGUGGCGAAUGUUGCUGUGAAACUUCCCGCCAACUUUGCCGUUGUCGAGGGAGAAAAACUUCGUUUGCACUGCAUCGCAGUCGGCUACAAACCCGUCAUUAACUGGAUUUUGCCGGAUAACGUGACAAUCGAAGAUGGUUCCAUCGAUUCGCAAGACUCCCGUAUCACUGUCGAGGGCGAAGGCGACAUCGAAGGCAACGUGCUCAUCAUUGAUCCCGCGGAGAAACGCGAUCGCGGCGAAUACAUUUGCGAAGGUCGCAGUAAAGACGAAAUUUUGUUCCGCGAAUCCGCGAAAGGCAACAAAAUGACGACAAAAAGCUUCGUUCGUGUCAAGGACAAACUCGCAGCUCUGUUCCCCUUCAUCGGAAUCGUAACGGAAGUCGUUCUCCUCUGUGCCAUCAUCUUGUUCUACGAAAAGCGCAAUUCGAAGCCCAUGGAAAUGGACGACAGCGACAACGAGCAAAGCCCCGAACAGAAAAAAGGCGAUGUCCGUCAUCGAAAAUAAAUCUGCUCACAAAACGAUUUUCGUUAACGGUAUGUCGUCAAGUCGAAACCAGCAACAUUGAUUCAUUCAAUUAGCGCGCACUCACAAAUAAUAUUUAGUAAUAAAUAUAAUCGUUCUUAGCACAUUUUUUCUGAUGAUAAAAGAUGAAGAUGAUCAAUGUCACACAAAAAAAAAGUUGAUACGAAAAGCAAAUUUACUCGUUUUUAACCAAAUACUAACACAAAGAUCUCAAAGAUCUUGUACUUAAUGAAAAGCAGCUGAGAGAAUCUCUCGUUAUUAGUCAAAUUUUGUUGAAUUAUGAUAUUAAGGCCUAGCCUAAAAAAAUGAUAUUUGCCAUAUUAUCACUAAUUUUAAACUCUCCCUCGAAUGUAUUAAUUCCUUCGUGGAUGGAAUAUUUCCAUUCAAUAAGAAAAUUGGUUGCAAAAUAUAGUAUUUAAUAAAUUGUUACUAGAUCCCUUAUAAAAGUGAGUGUUUCGAAAAAAAAAUCAUGAUUUAUUGAACUUUUUUUUUAUUUUUCAUUAAUUUUGAUAUUU